CAUUAUUUGGAGCCCCAUAUGAUUGUACUUUGCGUUUGCAUCGACACAUUCAUCGAAUUGAACGUGGUCCAAGUAUUUAUUUUUUCUGCAAGCACUCAUAACCAUAUCUGGAAGAAAAAAAGGUUAUUUCAAUUGAACGCAGGCCAACGUGGAUGUUGCAUAUUGCGUCUGUGAUAGUUAAUAAGUGAAUAUGUCGCCGGUACGAGAUAUUUUGCGCGAUUCCAGCGGUGACUCUGGAUCGGAAUCAGACAAUGCGUCCGCUUCCUCGAGAUCGAGUCGUAGUGGUAGUCCAACAUCGCAAGCCCAGGUACAAGAGUCAAACAAUAUCAGGAGUGAGCAGAACUCUGAGGAUGAGAAUGGAGCACGUUCCGUUGUAUCCAAUGCCAGUGGUAGAUCUUCGAGAUCCAGUAGCCAAACGGUUGAGUCAAAUAAAUUGGAUGGUAGUCGCAAGUCAGAAAGCCCAUCACCAGCAAGAUCAGGUUCUAGACAUUCUAGUGCUGGUUCUGUUCAAAGUGAGAAAUCUGGUUCUCACAGAAGUGCUACUCCAAAGUCAGUAGCCUCCAGAGCCUCUAGCUCGGAUUCUCAAAAAUCUCCUAGAUCACGUUCACAGUCUCCACGUGGCAGUGUGCAUUCUACAAGCUCAAAAUCACCUGUCAGUCCGAGAUCUAUGCAAUCAGAAACUAGGUCACAACAAAGAAAGUCUAAGCCUCCAGCUUCACCAGCUUCCAAUGGCUCUGGUUAUGAUUCUCCAAAAAGUCACAGAUCUAGAAGUGUAUCUUCUCACAGAAGCAACAAAUCAACUGGUUAUGCGAGUCAACAUUCUCCAGCAGAAAGGCAUUCGAAAUCUCCUGUAUCUCCUAAAACUUCAAAAUCAUUUGAGGCAUCUACCGAGAGAGCAAGCUCUGAAAAAUCAGAUACCAAAAGAUCACAAUCAAAAAGCCCUAAGGAUAACAAAAGUGACGAUGAAUCAAACAGAUCUUUCAAACAGACAGAUAACAAUCGAAGUCCAAAAUCUGACGAAAGCGAUAACGAAGAGCGAUUAAAAGGUAAACGAAAAAAUAAUGAUUUUGCAUUAGAUACUGAGAAAACUAUUAAACGACCUAAAAUGAUGAUAAACUCAGAUUCCGACAAUGAGAUAGCGGACAAGGAAAAUAGCAUUGCUCCAACCGCAGAUGCGUUGUUCGGUGAUGCAAGUGAUAUCAGUACAGACGAUGAGAAGGAUAAGAAAGAAGAUGAAGAACAUGAAAGAGAUCGUAGUCGUAGGGAGAGCAGAAGUAAGAGCAAAAGUCGUAGCAGAAGUAGAAGUAGAAGUAGAAGCCAUAGUCGCGGGAGAUCUGAAAGCGGUGGAGAAGGUCCAAGCCAUCGAGCUCUUAUUGAGGAUGAUGAUGAUAAGGAUAAAGAGGAUGAACCCGAGCCACCGCCAGAAACUAGAAUCGACGUGGAAAUUCCAAAGAUCACUACCGACCUCGGACGUGAGAUACACUUUGUAAAGUUACCAAAUUUCUUGUCCGUGGAGACGAGACCAUUUGAUCAUGAGACUUACGAGGAUGAAAUUGACGAGGAAGAAACUCUGGAUGAGGAGGGUCGAGCUCGUUUGAAACUUAAAGUUGAAAACACAUUGAGAUGGAAGGAUACGUUUAACGACGAAGGUAAAAUAGUGAAAGAGAGUAACGCAAGAUUCGUCAAAUGGUCGGACGGCAGCAUGUCGUUGCACUUGGGCUCGGAGAUCUUCGAUGUGUACAAACAACCCUUACAAGGCGACCACAAUCAUCUCUAUAUUCGCCAGGGUACUGGUCUACAAGGCCAAGCGGUGUUCAGAACGAAACUAACUUUCAGACCGCAUUCUACGGAAUCGUUCACACACAGAAAGAUGACCAUGUCGUUGGCCGAUAGAUCGCAAAAGACAUCCGGCAUCAAAGUUCUUUCUCAAGUGGGAAUGAAUCCGGAUCAAAACAGAUACGAGAUGAUAAAGAAAGAGGAAGAGAAACUACGCAUGGCCAUGCGAGUUCAAAGUAAAACGAAGAAGAGUAUUGGUGGUACCAGGAAUACUGGUCGCACUGCAGGAGCAUAUAGUGGUGAUCCUUAUCAUGACGACGGCUCUGAUGAUGAGGGUGCAAUUUCGUUAGCUGCUAUAAAGAAUAAAUAUAAAAAAGGCGCUGCGAUUGCUGCUAAAGCAGCCUCGAAUAUAUAUUCAUCAGAUGAAGAAGGAUCGGACUUUGAGACACUUAGGCCUAAAAAGAAUUUUAAAGGGAAAGUACUUAAAGAUUCAGACGAAGAGUCCGAUUCUGAAAGCUCUUCAGGAAGCGGUGGAGAUGACAAUCAAGUUGAAAAUGCGAGCGAUUGAAAUGUACAUGUAUAUAUACAUAUCUAUAUCUUGAAAGAAAUAAAAGCAAAUAUUUGUUAAUAAUAAUCAUAUCUUAAUUGUCUAUGCGAAUAAUACAUAAUUGAUCACUGUUCCGCAAUCUAAGAAAUAAAAGAA